UUCUCUUCUGUUUCGAAAUCUUUGAAUUUUUUGACAACAGAAGGUUUUGAAAUUCUGUUGUAUUGUGGAAGCUGAUACACAGCAGCAACUGAAAACGAUUAUGAGCAUAACGAGUUAAAUUAUUUUGCUGUGACGCAGGCGAAGAGUUGCUAGCACUGUAAUCUGAACGUGGCAGACGGGAUUUGGACGUGGAUUUGAGUUGUUCUUGUUCUCGUAGAAGAAGGAAAGAAAGUCAAAAUUCAUGUGUUGUGAGAAUUUUGUGGUUUGUUUAAUCGGUUGUUCAACUAAAGAAAAAUGGUUAUCGUGGCACCUGGACUGGAUAAAGGCUCGGACAUGAAUGCGAAACGGGAUAGCAGUAUCCACUUUACGUCCAACCGAACCACUUCAAACGCAGCUGGUGCCAAAUCUAUCAAAGAUGAUGACCACGCGAUAUCCAACAAAACUCGCACAGGCCCACAUACCGUUGUCGUUACGAAAUCUGAAACUGGAUUCGGUUUUAAUGUUCGCGGCCAGAUCGGAGAGGGUGGUCCCAUGAAAAGUAUUAACGGUGAACUGUAUGCUCCGCUGCAGCAUGUUAGUGCCGUUUUGGAAGGAGGUGCGGCAGAGCAAGCGGGACUCCGUAAAGGCGACCGCAUCCUGGAAGUGAAUGGUGUCAGUGUGGAAGGAGCGACGCAUAAGCAAGUGGUUGAUCUCAUCCGAUCAGGCGGCCAUGUGUUGACGCUCACCGUCAUUACCGUUACCCAUGAAGACGCCGAGCGCCUGGAGCCACAAGAAGAGUCGACGAACUUUGCCAUUGAUUACACGGAGCGCCGUUCACUACCAAUUAGCAUUCCCGAGUAUAAAUUAAUUGAGAAGAAUGGUGAAAAGUUUGCUGUUUUCUGUAUCCACAUGGCGGGUCGGCAUCUAUGUUCAAGACGGUACAAGCAGUUUGACGAAUUGCACAAUAGUCUUAAACGUGAAUUUUACGAUUUUCCGUACCCGAAGUUCCCUUCCAAGUGGCCUUUUUCCCUCUCGGAACAACAGACCGAUGCACGACGCCGAAAACUGGAACAGUGGCUAGAGCGCGUCUGUUCUGUGCGGGUAAUUGCGGAUUCGGACAUUAUGCAGGAUUUCUUAAACAGUCCCGAAUCAGGCGGUGUGAAGUCGGACACGGUAACCGAUGUGGAAAUUAAAAUAUUGCUUCCGGAUAAGUCAACCGUGACCCUGACCAUUGACAAGACGGCCUGCACACCCGUUGUUUACCGCAUGACAGCCACGGCUGUGCGCUUACCAGAAGAAUUAUUGCCACACUUCGCAUUGUUUGAACUUGUUGAGUAUUCGUUUGAGCGUAAGUUACGCGAUGACGAACGACCGCAUGAGAUUUAUAUUCAUAAUUAUACGACCGCCACCAACACAUGCAUAAGUUUCGGCAAGUGGGUGUUCAAUCCACAAACGGAGCUGCGAUUGACGGAGCGGCAUGAGAUAGCGUUGAACUACUUCUUCUGGCAGGCAGUGGAUGAGGUGAACCGCGGACACAUUCGCUCGGGAACCCGCUUGCAUGAACUGAAAGCUUUACAGGAUGCGGCAAAGAAGAUUGAAUAUCUGGCUCUGUGCCGCGCGCUUCCAGGUUACGGAUCUUUCAGCUUUCCUCCAUGUUCUAGCGAUGCUCGAAAAGGCUCACCCGUUAUUCCCAUUGUGUUACUCUCCAAAUUUAAACUGCAGGCAUGUACGGCGGAUGGAACACCCGAAAGCCAAGAGAUUGAUUUCGAAUGGAAGGACAUCACAAAGUGGCAGAUCGAACGAGGAGGAAACGAAGAUGAACAACCGUUCUUCAGUUUCGACUACGCUAGGCCACAACGACCUGUUCGUACUGUUAAAAUUUACACUCCGUUUUUUCUGUUUCUGAACGAAUGCUUUGAUAAGGUAAAGAUUGAACGAGAAGGCAUUGUAGAAACGUAAAACUAAGUAAUGUUAAAGGGUGAAUUGUCACGUCAAAAUUUUUGUGAUACCAUUGUGAACUUACUUUCCGAAAACAAGCAUCCCCGUACUAUCUCGUCAUCUUGUGAAUACGUUGUUGAUUUUGUGUUGAUUUUAUUCCGAUUGAUUUUAACCAUCUAAUUUUAUUGCCAGUUCUGCUUGUAUUUACUAUUGAUUGCGUGUUAGGUUUGCCUAUAAAAACCCGAAAUUUA